AGGCAAAGCGAGAAAAGCAGCAGAAGCUAGGGUGGAACUGGAGCCCCUAAGGCAUCCGCGCAACCAGAGCGCGCGCGAUUGGUUGGGGUUUGUGGGGGCGGUGCGCUUUCCUCGACAAUGGAUUUGACUGGUGGAGCGUGGAAAUGGCGGCUGUAGCCGAGGGGGCGGCCGAAAAGCAGGGGCGGCCGAAAAGCAGCGGCGGCGUCUGGGGCGCUUUCGCAACAUUCAGACCUCGGUUGCAGCCCGGCGCCGUGAGCUGAGGUUUCACAUCUUACUCCGCCCCACACCUAGGGCUUCGCAGCGCUGGGCUCGUUGCUGCAGCCGGAGCCUGCUCGAUGGGCACGACUGGGUUGGAGAGUCUGAACCUGGGGGACCGCGGAGCUGCCCCCACCGUCACCUCUAGUGAGCGCCUAGUCCCAGACCCGCCGAGUCACCUCGGCAAAGAUGUUGCUGUGGAAUUGGAAAGAGUGGAAGAAGAUGAGGAACAAAUGAUGAUAAAAAGAAGCAGUGAAUGUAAUCCCCUGCUACUAGAACCCAUCGCUUCUGCUCAGUUUGGUGGUACUGCAGGGACAGAAUGCCAUAAGUCUGUCCCGUGUGGAUGGGAAAGAGUUGUGAAGCAAAGGUUAUUUGGGAAGACAGCAGGAAGAUUUGAUGUGUACUUUAUCAGCCCACAAGGACUGAAGUUCAGAUCCAAAAGUUCACUUGCUAAUUAUCUUCACAAAAAUGGAGAGACUUCUCUUAAGCCAGAAGAUUUUGAUUUUACUGUACUUUCUAAAAGGGGUACCAAGUCAAGAUAUAAAGACUGCAGCAUGGCAGCCUUGACAUCCCAUCUACAAAACCAAAGUAACAAUUCAAACCGGAACCUCAGGACCCGAAGCAAGUGCAAAAAGGAUGUGUUUAUGCCACCAAGUAGUAGUUCAGAGUUGCCGGAUAGCAGAGGACUCUCUAACUUUACUUCCACUCAUUUGCUUUUGAAAGAAGAUGAGAGUGUUGAUGAUGUUAACUUCAGAAAGGUUAGAAAGCCCAAAGGAAAGGUGACUAUUUUGAAAGGAAUCCCAAUUAAGAAAACUAAAAAAGGAUGUAGGAAGAGCUGUUCAGGUUUUGUUCAAAGUGAUAGCAAAAGAGAAUCUGUAUAUAAUAAAGCAGAUGCUGAAAGUGAGCCUGUUGCACAAGAAAGUCAGCUUGAUGGAACUGUCUGCAUUUUUGAUGCUGGAGCAUGUGGUGAGACCCUCAGUGCGACCAGGGAAGAAAAGAGUCUUGUAAAAGAAAGAUCGUUGAGUUCAGGAUCAAAUUUUUGUUUUGAACAAAAAACUUCCGGCAUCAUAAACAAAUUAUGUUCAGCCAGAGAUGCAGAACACAAUGAGAAGUAUGAGGAUACCUUUUUAGAAACUGAAGAAACUGGAACAAAAGUAGAAGAAGUUGCGGAAAGGAAGGAACAUUUGCAUACUGACAUUUUAAAACGUGGCUCUGAAAUGGACAACUGCUCACCAGCCAAGAAAGACUUUACUGAUAUCAUCCCACGAACACAGAUAGAAAGAAGGAAAACAAGCCUGUAUUUUUCCAGCAAGUAUAACAAAGAAGCUCCUAGCCCCCCACGACGUAAAGCCUUUAAGAAGUGGACACCUCCUCGGUCACCUUUUAAUCUCGUUCAAGAAACACUUUUUCAUGAUCCAUGGAAGCUUCUCAUCGCUACUAUAUUUCUCAAUCGGACCUCAGGUAAAAUGGCAAUACCUGUGCUUUGGAAGUUUCUGGAGAAGUAUCCUUCAGCUGAGGUAGCAAGAACCGCAGACUGGAGAGAUGUAUCAGAACUUCUUAAACCUCUUGGUCUCUACGAUCUUCGGGCAAAAACCAUUGUCAAGUUCUCAGAUGAAUACCUGACAAAGCAGUGGAAGUAUCCGAUUGAGCUUCAUGGGAUUGGUAAAUAUGGCAACGACUCUUACCGAAUUUUUUGUGUCAAUGAGUGGAAGCAGGUGCACCCUGAAGACCACAAAUUAAAUAAAUACCAUGACUGGCUUUGGGAAAAUCAUGAAAAAUUAAGUCUGUCUUAAACUCUGCAGUUUUCAAGCUCAUCUGUUAUGCAUAGCUUUGCACUUCAAAAAAGCUUCAUUAAGUACAACCAACCACCUUUCCAGCCAUAUAGAUUUUAAUUAGCCCAACUAGGAGCCCAGUGUGUGUGCUUUCUUAAUGUGUGUGCCAACAAUGGUGGAUCUUUGCUACUGAAUGUGUUUGAACAUAUUUUGAGAUUAUUUUUAAAUAAAUUAUUAUUUGACAACAAUCCAAAAAAAGUGUAUGGCUUUUCCAAAAAUGAAAUAUAAUCAGAAGAUAAAAAAUACAUCUAAACUAUCAAUAAUACAAAGCAAAUUUUUAUCAACCUUGCUAAAGCUAGGGGCCCACUAAAUAUUUUUAUUGGCCAGGUGUGGUGGUGCACGCCUAUAAUCUCAGAAGGCUGAGGCAGGAGGAUCAUUUGAGCUCAUGAGGGCCCAGGAGCUCAAGGCUUCAGUGAGCCGUGAUCAUGCCACUGCACUCCAGUUUGGAUGACAGAGAGAGACCCUGUCUCAAAAAGUACAUAUUAAAAAAAAAAAAGCUAACCCCAAA